GAGAUUUAACCUUUCAUGAAAGAGGAAAUAUCUCUCGGCUACGGUUCCGCUCAAAUAUCUCUCGGCCUUCUUUUGCACAGAAAUAAGCAAUCAAAUGCUAUGCUAAACCAAUACAAAACAAAAAGAAAAGUUAGGAAUCGAAAAAAAAAGGACCUGUUUCCAGUUAAGACUAGUUUAGAAUUUCUUGAAGAUUUCAAUUAUUAAGUAUUAGAAAAUUAAGGUUUUUCCUGCCCGGUUUUGUCUCAAAAUGUCUAAUACGAAUGUUGAUUCUCGAACUGAUAAUUCUGAGUACAGAUUAAGAAGUUUAUUAGGUAUUGCCAAACUUUUUACUAAGACUCCAAGUAAAAAUGGUAAUAUCAAUAUUAAAGAAGAAAUGCUUGCUAUUCAAAAUAGUACUGAUUUAGAUGUAUCUGGCCAAGAUAACAAUAACAUUAAAAGUCCCUUAAGAUCUAAUUUGUAUUUAGAUGUCACCAGUUGUUAUCAAAUGGGCAAAGUUAUUAAAAAGGAAAAAGUUAACUCUGAAAAAAGUUCAGAUUUCGAGUGUGACAGAACUGUCAAUCUUCCUAAAAAAGACCCGAGGUAUGAAGUCAUAACAUCAGAUUUGAAAAGAGAACCUGGUCUUGUAAACACUGAAGAAAAUCCUAAUGGUUUAAACCAUAGCAUUGAUGUUUCUAGUAAAAGAACUAUUUAUAUCAAGCAAGAAAGAACCGAUUCCAAUGAUAGUUUCAUCGCUGACAGGAAUGAAACCCUAAGUAAAGGAAAUCUUAAUCGCUUAGCUAACCAUCGAGAGGUAAAUGAUAUUUCUGGAAGGAGUGCAGUUUCUUUAAAGCAAGAAAGAAGCUAUUCAAAUGAUGGUAUUGUUACUGACAAAACUGAAAUAGUAAACAAAUCUAACGUUGAUGUUUCUGGAAAAAGAACUGUUUAUUUAAAGCAAGAAAGUGAUUCAAAAGAUGGUUUUAUUUCUGCCAAAGCAAAAACAGCAAAUGAAACAAAUAACAUUGCUUUUUUUAGAGAGAAAAUAAAUGAUAAAACAUGCAAAAGGCCAUGUUCUGAAGACAUAAGAAUAGUUUAUGAUAUGGAUGAGCAAUAUGAUUCCUUUAAUGAACAAAUUAGCAUCAGUGAAGAAGAGGUUCAUAGUAGUGAUAUUGAAGAAAUGUUUAGUGAGAAAAAGAUAAAUGAAAACGACAGAUCUUUAGAUUGUUUGGUUUGCGGCAAGCAUUUUAAAUUAAAACAAAAUUUGCAGAAGCAUGCUCUAUCCCAUUUACACGAUGGUUCAGAGGUCGUCCGCAAGUUCGAGUGCGAGAUUUGUGGUAAAAAGUUCAAAAAGAAACAUCACCUGAAGCGACAUAAUCUUUCUCAUACACAAAAGAAGAUGUUUGAUUGUGCUCAUUGUGAUAAGAGUUACAUUGAUAAACACGAUCUUAUGAUUCAUUUGUCUUCAAAACAUACCGUCAAAGAAUGCACUGUAUGUGGGAAGACAUUUGAUGAUAGUUUGAAAUUUAAGAAGCACCAGGUUAUUCACAAGAAAUGUGAAUCCCAAGCGGUGUCGUGCCAUAUAUGUCAAAAGUCAUUUUUGCAAAAAAAGUAUUUAAAACGCCAUUUGCAGCAGAUACAUGCUAAAAUGGCCCCUUUUGCCUGUGACCAGUGCAAUAAAUCAUUCCUGUAUCCGUUUUUGUUGCUGGAACAUUCUCGAUCUCAUUCAGGAGAGAAGCCUUUUCAGUGUGACAAGUGUGAUCGUAAAUUCUCGACAAAAUCGAAUCAAGUGCGGCACUCAAAAACACAUCUCAAAACAAAAACAUGUAAAAACUGUACUGCCGAGUUCGAAGAUGACAUUCAAUAUAAAGCACAUCAAGAGUCGUGUACUUUAAGUUAUGAGUGUGGAAUAUGUGGUUUGAUUUGUGACAGAUUAAGUAACCUAAGACGGCAUAUAAAGAAUAUUCAUACAGAAUAUUCUAAUCCCAAUGCAGAAGGUCCCUUUGAUUCUAGUAAUGCAUCUGAAAAUAUUUUUGUCAGAAUUGUAUGAUAAACAGACUCUAUAGAAAAUCCUUAAAUAAGUUAUGUUAAAUAAU